AUGAUGAAAUCAAACAGAAGUUAUGGAUGGUUUGGUUCAAGCACAUCUAAGGAAUCUGAUUCAGAAGAUAAGAAGAAGAAAAAGAAGAAAAAGAAACUAUCUGGAUUUGGUAGGAAAAAGAAAUCAGAAGAGGAUGAAAGUACAGAUGAUUCAGAGGACAAGAAAGACAAGAAAGACAAAAAGGACAAGAAAGGCGAGAAAGGCGAGAAAGGCGAGAAAGGCGAGAAAGGCGAGAAAGGCGAGAAAGGCGAGAAAGGCGAGAAAGGCGAGAAAGGCGAGAAAGGCGAGAAAGGCGAGAAAGGCGAGAAAGGCGAGAAA